ACCUGAAAGGUUUCCAUGGUGAUAAUGGCAAACAAGACGAGAAUCGAACGACUCGACAAUGGAUAAGUGCUUCUACUAGUUGCGACCUAUUCGACGCAUCAUGGAAAUUCUUAUGUGCUCGUAUUAUUUUGGAACGUGAAGGAAAUUAUGUGUUCGAACGGUCUUUUAUUCGACGAUAAAUCAUAUGCGCAAUUCAACUUGACAAGCCAUCAUUAUCAAGACAUUGUUUGAAUGAUAGUGUGAAGCGUGACCAUUACCAGUGAUUAGAUCUAACAAAAUAAAAUAUGGAUAAUAUCACACACGAGGAGGAGGGAGAAAAGACUGCAUCCUUGCCUGAUGGCGCAAUCAAAAUGCCGUCGUGGUUACUGGAAAUGACUGACAAUAUAGGGGAACUGAAUAUAAAUUAUGAUGCCAAAUCAUAUAUAACAAAAACAGAAGCAUUUUUAAUUGAUGAUCAGCAUUACUUUAAGGAUAUUUCUUUCCAAGAAGAAAAUGAUAAUUUAGAUACACAAACCAGCUCACAUUUGAACAAUUUGUAUGAUAAUGAUGACAAUAUUAAGUUGCAAGCAUCCACAAGUAAAUCACUGCCAAAUACACCAAAAAGUGGUGAGGCACAAAUUAAACAGAGAAGAACGCGUGCCUCUUCCGCUGUUGUAAGUGCAAAGUGUCGUACGAAAGAUGAUUUUCGUAAUUUAGAUGCAUAUUUAGAAAGAAAACAGAUGGAGAGACACGGCAAUCAUUUAGCACCUAAAAGUCAUAGUAACAGUACAGAAUCUUACAAUGAAAAAGUUCAAACUGAAUAUCCUUCAGUUCACAGUUAUACAGACACAAGAUUACAUUUAUUAAACAAUCAUUACUUAAAUAAUUCAGCAUUUGGCAUACAGAAUGAAGAAAAGAUAAAGCAAUUGUCUGAACAAUAUCAAGAAGAUUCUAAAUCUGAAAUCUCGAUCGAAAAUGACUUACAAACAGAAAAAUUCUACAGAAAUUUCAUUAUUCCCGAAUUACCAUCUGGCGACUCAUUAGUUAUUGAUAUUCUUUCCACUUGGGGUGACAAACAUUACGUAGGCCUCAAUGGCAUUGAAAUCUUUUCAAAUACCGGAGAACCAGCGAAAAUAAAAGAGAUAUAUGCAAAUUCAACGAGUAACGUUAAAUCGUUAGGUAAAGACUAUGAUCCUCAUAUUGUGUACAACUUGAUUAACGGUGUUAAUCGAACGAGGGAUGAUGCGAAUUUAUGGUUAACGCCUUAUUCAAAUGGUGACCAUCAUUAUAUUUAUAUAAUAUUCGAAGACACGAUCACGGUAGCAAUGAUUAGAAUAUGGAAUUAUAAUAAAUCUAGGAUACACUCCUUUAGAGGAGCUAAAGACAUUAUUAUUAAAUUAAAUAAUGUUAUCAUAUUUGAUGGAGAAAUUGCUAAAGCAUCAGGGGAUGAUUUGGGCAAUCUUGACUCUUUCGGUGAUACUAUUUUAUUUACGACGGAUGAAAAUAUUCUGGAAUUGAUAUCAAAACAUGAUAAUACCUUCAUAGAAUACAAUAAUGCAAUGUUAGACUGCGAGGAGAUGGAAACAAUUCGCCCGAUCACAGCAACAACUAAUGAUAUUUCUUCAGCAAGACAUAAAAGUAAUUUCCUUGAGAAUUCUGACUUAUCCAAAGAUAGUGAAAUUCACGACACAACUUCUAAUGCUCUGUCUUGUAAAGAGGUUCAAUUAGUAAUUAUUUCUAAUUGGGGCUUACAUCAUCUGAUAGGUCUUACUGGUAUAGAAUUAAUCGGAGAUCAAGGUGUAGCUCUCCCACUAAUAAAUGCCAACUUGCACUGUAACGUUGGCGAUAUGCACUUAACGAGACUAAUUGAUGGAUAUAAUAUUACUACGGAAAUGGAUCACAUGUGGUUAGCGAAUGCAGCGUCAAAUGAAAAAAUUACAAUAACCAUAAUUUUUAAUACAGACGUAUGUCUGACAGGAAUGCGGAUUUGGAAUUAUAACGCAUCCUUAGAACUAUCUUAUUGUGGAGUAAAACAGUUACUAGUUAAAUUGGAUGGUAAAAUAUUACACGAUGAAAAUUUCGAAGGCUUCUUAUUGAGACGCGCACCAGGAUCUUGUCAUUACGAUUUCGUCCAAGAAGUUAGUUUCGUCAGUAAGCCAUUAUCUCAUAUACGUCUUUCGAAUCAUCCUACCGAUUUAAUCAAAUCAUCCGAAGAAAUCGAUUUUUUGGAUUCGAAUUACGAGGCCCCGUCGAUGCCACAAGGAUUUGUAUAUCAGAUAAUAAUUUUCUCUACAUGGGGAGAUUCUUACUAUGUUGGCCUCAAUGGGAUACAGAUAUAUGACAAUUACGGAAACGAAAUCAUAUUAACUACUGAUAAUAUAGCUGCAUUUCCUGAAAGCGUUAACAUAAUAGAAGGUAUAGACAACGACAUUCGCACGCCGGACAAACUUAUCGAUGGAAUAAAUAAUACUAAAAAUGGUCGUCACGCUUGGCUGGCUCCGAUACUCCCUGGACAAACGAAUCGUGUGUAUCUAAUAUUUUAUCAACCUGUUAUGGUAUCAAUGAUUAAAAUAUGGAAUUACGGAAAAACUCUGCAAAGAAGAGUUAAAGAAUUUGCAAUAUUGGUGGAUGAUCUGUUAGUUUAUAAUGGGACAUUAGAUAAACACAAUUCGUACGGCUUAGUAACGUUCGUAAAGGAUAAUGGUAACAAUGAGAAUAUAGUAAAUCGUUCAGAACAAGAGAAUCAAGUUUUGAAUUUACAAAGAAAUACGUCGGGAACUAAUUCAUUGCCAGACCCAUCUCUUCGUCCGCACACGUCCUUACAAUUUAAGGAAUUAUAACUGUAUAUAUAUAUAGUAUGACGCAUAUGUAAUAAAAUUAUGCAAGCAUUUUA